GGGAGGAGGAGGAGGAGGAAGUGAGAGCAGACCAAAGCCGUGUUCCUCCUGUCCCUGCCUCGGUUCUUAGUGGGGUGUGGGAUAGAUGGACGGGGACAAUAGGCAGAUCAACCGGGACAGAGGGGGGAUGCACCCUUGCAUCAAUUACUCAGUCAGCGAGAAAUCCCACCAAAUGAACUCUGGUUGCCGGUCAAAGCUGUUCUCCGAUUCCACGGUCAAAUUAGCCCUCGCUUGGGACUCCAUAAUAGGGACUGCAGGUGAGGUGAAUGAGCUCUCAGACACAGAUGCUUCAGGAACACGCCCUGAGGAACAGAGACAGGAACGGGAACAGGGCGCCGAGGCUGCUGUGGGUCCUGAGCGAGCAGUUUUAAGGAGCCCCCCCGCCCCCGACUCCCCGCGAAGCACAGCGCCCACCAGUGAGCCAGCCUGGUCCUGCUUUGACCUCCGGGAUCCGGGGCUUCUGAGGACAGAUCUAGAGCUCGUGAACUGGGUUCCCCCCUGCCAUCCAUUACAGAUACGAGGCCAUGCCUGGGUUCAGAAUUCUCCGGGAAGCCACAGGACUUCACUCUCGAUGCAGGAAAGAAAACAGGCGUUUUUAAUGAUCUGGAAGCCAGGUCAGUUUCUGAUUUGCACACCUCAGAGCUUUCAGUUAAUGGAAAGGCCCCAACAGUGUUAUCGCAGCGCGUUGUUGCUGACUCAUCAGAAAGACCAGUCCUGUGAUGAAGGAACCUGGGUCGUUAUUUCUGUCGUAUUCCUGUAUCAACUGAAACAUGCAUUCUAGCACAUGAAGCCAUCUGAGUAAGCCACCUAGCUUUUGAGUCACACACCUAAGAUAUUUUCGUAUCUGAGAUGCGUAAAGCACAACUACACGUGACUCAGAGACAUAGGCAAACAGUGGCCCCGGAAGAAACGGGAAGGGAAACGUCUUAUAAUAACCGCCUGGUCUGGACUAUGGACUUUGUUGGGAGUUUCAAAUGAGGGCAUCUUGUUGGUUUUGAAAGCCAUGUGGACAAACUGAUACCGUAUUUUUAGCAUGCCUUGAAUGGAAAACAUGCAAGAUAUGUGAACAAUAUAUUUCCAAAUAUGACACAUAUUUAUAAAACACAGCAAACGCAUGACAGAUUGAGUAGGAUAUGUGUAAAAAAAUAACAGCUGCGGCACACCCUAUUUCUUAGCAAAUUCACACACAACAAAUGACAUUCAUGUCCCAUGGUUUGCAAAAUCUAUUUUUUAAGCAUUUUAGGAAAGGAGGUAGGGAAUGAAAAUAAAAGUUUGCAAAAGAAAAAAAACCAGAAGGUGGAUGUAAAUUUACGUGACAUGUCAUGUAAUUCUCAUGCAUAAAACUAGUUCUGGAUAGGUUACCCCCUAUCCCCCAGCAUGCCGCCCUUUGAUGGAACUGAUAUUAAAUGAGGCAUUCGAAGUGAUUUGCAUUUUCAGGUGGGCUCAAAUGUCAUGUAUAAGGGAAGGCAUUUGGAAAAUUUCAGUAUAAAACAACCAAGAAGUGUGCCAAAGGUGUUAAGAUUUACUUGGAUGGAGGAGACUUGGUGCCGAGCAUAGUUUGGGUUCUGAACUGAGACAAAUCUGACCAGAGACACUUGGAUUUGGAUGAAAGGCCAUAGGGAUCCAUGGUCUGUUCUAAAGCAGGGACUUAACACGAGAAGCAGUGUUUUUAGGGGGAUAGUGUCAGCGCCUGUGAGCACAAAGCAACCUCUGAGGCCAGUGGUGUGAAUUCCUUAUAUGUGUAAUAUAGGCAUUUAGGAUUUGCGAAGGAGUUUUCUCAUUUUCAAAUGCAUAAUCUUAUCUGAGCUAUGGAACCCCCUUGUGAGGCUUGCAUUCAUCGCGCACACUAUCCUAACAAAGAAAUCAAGAGUUGUGACUUUGGGGUCACACUCAGAGGAGGCACCAAUCCUAACAACCAGGAUGUUUGUUCCUUUAGGAUGAUCUCUGGGAGACAUGGGGUUAUGGGUAUUUUUUUUUUCUCUCUUCUUCUUGUUACUUCUGUGUUUGUCCAAAUUUUCUGCAAUGAGAAAAUAUGAUUUUAUAACUCUAAAGUGACAUGAAAUAUUAUUGCUGUAAACAAGGGACAGAAUCCCCCGUUCUCAUUCCUUCUAGACCAUUCCCUUUGCUCCACCCCCUACUGGAAGCUGCGACUGACUUUCCUGUGCUAUGCAUUGCUGGCCUCUGCCCCCAGCUGGAGCUCUCCCAGAACUCAGGGCUCUGUUCGUAGGCUGAGCUGGUGUAAGUCAACUUAGAACAGGUCAGCCUGGGAGUCUAGAGAACUAAAUUUGCGUCCUAUUUUCUACAAUGCUGGGAAGUUCCUUCAUAUCUGUAUGCCUUAGUUUCCUGCUCUGUAUCCUUUUUGCCAGAUAUGGAGUGUUUCAAGAUUCCCAAGCAAACAUUGCCUUAUCAAAGAAAGGUGAUGCUAAGAUUACAUUCUUGUGGGAGACUGCUAACGUGUUGAAAUACCGCACUUGUGUUUUCUGCUUGGCCUUGGCCUUACCGAAAGGAGACUUUGGGUAACAGAAGUAGGGGGAGGGAAAGGAAGGUGGGCAUGAGAGACGGUGGAGAGGGAGGUGUACCAUUUGAACCGAGGCUGGAGUCAUCAGCGGGCGUUCUGAGCUCCUCUGGCCCUUCCUGGGCGGGCGUGGCUCUAAUGGGACCUCCCUCACUAACGGACACGCCACAGAAACUCAUUCAAGGAGGCCAUCUGAUCUAGCGUCAGAGAUAAUAACAGACCAGACUGCUUCCUUGACCUUGGGCAAGCAACUUAGCCUCUCAAUUUCCCACUUUCUCUACCUGUAAAUAAAUGAUCUCACUGGGAGGUGAAGGAUAAUCGAGAUCGAAUUUCCAAAGGAUUUUUAACUCCUUCGAAUGCAUCAGUUUUAAACUUUGGGGAAGGGAGGGUUCUUGGAACCCUCUGAGAAUCUAAUGAAAGCCAGGAGGCUUUCUCCCAAAACGACAUGUACCUGGCCAUUAACUUUCAUAUAAAUUCGUACAGUUUAUAGAUUCCCUGAAGCUUAAACUUCCUCUAAUUUAGGGGAAAAAACCCACACCUGCCUUAAAAGCAAAGUGCUAUAGACAUGUAAAAGAUAAAUAGUGUGUCAUUUUCGUGUCACUGCCAUCCUGUGGAUUUCAUUCAUGAAGCUCAUGUGUUGUUAUCACGACUAUCCUCCUUUCAUUAUUGUUAAAAAUACUCUGGGGCCCCUGGGUAGCUCCGUUGGUUAAACGUCCAACUUCAGCUCAGGUCAUGACUCAUGGUUUGUGAGAUCAAGC